UUAUUGUUUACGUGUUAGUUUGCAAUCAAAAGUGUGAAUUUGUGUUUCCUGUUGGUCUUUCAAAUAAAUUUGGUUAAAAUGAUUGAGCUGGGUUACAACUACCUUCACUGGUUUAAACGUCACUACUUCCUCUACAUAUUUGGUUUUUUACUAUACUUUAAACCGAUCGAACCAUUCUAUCGCGAAAUGGUAGUGACCACCAAAAACAUCACUGAACAAGAAUUCGACAUGGAUAUACGUCCACUGGCCGCUUAUUCGACCGUGAUAUGUGCCCUACUGAUAUUUUUUUUACUAAUUUUUUCGAAUUUUUACUACGUGUUAUUCCUUAGUCUUUUGGCAUCUCUUGUGUACACAGUAUCCAGCUGGAAAGGCGAAGUUGUUACCGAUCUCCAAAUAUCACAAGUAUUUUAUGGUGCUGGUGUUUCAACCGAAGUUAUAUAUUUCGCCUCAAUUUACGUUUGUUACGGCACGACUAGAAAUUUCCCCAAACUGACUUGUGCCAUCAGAGCAGUGCCUCUAUGUACCAAGAUCGUGUCAGCGGUAGUUGCCUGUGUUUUGACGGAAGUUGCGCAUUUGAAUUACGAAGAAGUGGCGUUUAUAAGUCUUCCAACUUGCGUUCAUGCAUUUUUCUUAUUAAUGCAUCUCCCUCCGAUGUUUGAAUUAGAAGAACCGCCGAGUUCGCUGCGCGCCAAAAUCUCCUGGUUCAAGUCAAGAUUUAUUGAAACUUUUGCAAAUAAGCACAUUUUGAAAUGGUCUCUUUGGAGUGGUUUUGCGCUCUGUGGCUACGUUCGAAUAUCCGGCCUCAUGGAAUCGUUGUGGGAACAAACCCAACAACAAAACAAAGAACCCUUUCUGAACAUUGCUGGAAUAGACGGAAUUUCGGCGUUUUUCGCACUUAUUGGAGUGUUGUUGGCGAGAAAUAGCACAGGAAGCGCUAAGUUUGGCAAUGCGUUGUUAUGUAUAACGUCUAUUCUAGAAUGCGUUAUUUUGAUAGCACUUUCAAAUGUUGAAAAUGUCUGGUCUUAUGCCAUUUGUGAUAUAUUACUAGAAAUUGUGUAUCAGUUAGUUAUGGCUUCUGUAAAUGUAAUGAUUGCGCAAAGUGUGGAACAGAGUGGAAGUUUUGCCCUUGUUUUUGGUUUUAUUGGAGUGAUUUUUGCAAUUUCAAACUUGGUGUUUGUUUGCGUUUUCAACAGCCGAAGCAUUAAUUUAAAACUGGGACAGCAAUUAAUGAUUCUGGCAGGGUUUCAUGUCGCUAAUGGAGCGUUAGUAGUGCUGUUUUGGUUAUUGAAAAUGUAGCUAGUUUAUUUUUUAUCAUGUGCUAUACAGGCUGAUUCUUUUAGGGCUUAUAUUAGAACAUUUUUAGCUUUUAAUAUAGCUUUAAAAUUUUGUACACGAUCCAAAUCGACUAUUCGAGUUCAACUAAUGGUGGUAUUCUCUAACUAUCUCUGUUAUACUGUUACGUUUAUAGAAUGUUAGCAACAGUGCUCUGUUAUGACACUGCCUAACAGAGCUGUCUAAUUUGCGAUUCUCUAACUGUCUCUGUUAAAAUAAGGAUAACACUUAACAGUGUUAACAGUGUUCCCAUUUGUUCGAAAAUGUAAUUUUAGAGAUAAUGGAAGUCGAUUUUGACGUAUGACUUACUUUUUGAUUUAAAUAUUUUAUUCGAAAGUGUCAAGAAGUUUUCAUAAAAUUAUCAUUUCGAAUUUAUAGUAUCGCAAAAAGUUCCACUAAAUUGUUAAAAAAGUGAAUGCAGAAGACGAGUGCAGAUCAAGGCAAUGAAUAUCCUUGUUUAUUGAAAAAAAAGCACAUUUUUGUUUUGAAAUAUUUUCUGUGGGAUCUCGUGUUGGAUUAGGUAAUCAAAUUGAAAUCAAAUUAUUUUAUUCUGUGCAAUACAAAACUUAUACGCAAAAUAAAAGGGAGAAACAGAACUUGGAACAAACGAAAUAACUAUUGAAAGACAAAAAAUAUAAUUUAAAAUAAAUAACACAAAUUAAAAAAUCUAUGUUUUAUUUUCUCGGAAUAAUGUUUCCAAAAUGAAGAGUAUACUGUGUUAAAUUUUUUAUUUAUACAAAUGGUUCCUGACGAAUUUUAAGUUGUGUUCAUUCCCACGUAGGAUUGCCAAAGAUUACUUUUGCAACAUUGUGGAUAAUUAUACCAAUUAAUUUUUUUCUAAAAACAAUUUUAUCACCUUUCUUAGUUUUCUAAAACUUCAAAAACCAAAGGUCGAAUUAUUUGCGUGAUUCUAAGCUUCUAGUUUUAUCCACUUUUCAGACUUUUAAUGCAAUUUUUUGUUAAUUUGGUGAAACAUCGUAAAAAUUCACGAUUUGUCACUGUCACUGUUAGUUUAUGGCGCGAUUUUUGCGGCUGUUAUUUAACAGAGAAUGUUACUGUAGAAAUGUGGCUAAUAGAGGGUAACAGAGUUUACGGUAUACAAAUUUAAAUAACAGCUGUAAUUUUUACAGUAAUAGAGCAAUAACAUAAGCCACAUAUUUUUAUUGCAUAUUUGAAUUCACCUUCUCAAGCUGAGUAAAAUUUACUUAAAUUGUUGGUACUGUCACACUUUUUGACAUAUUUCAAUUUUUUUGUUAAAAUUUUCAUUUGCAAGAGUUUAGCUAAGAUAUCACAGACCUUGAAUCCUUUGCGAUAAGUGAAUAUUUUUCUAUGUAUUUGAUAACCGAAGAUUCGAAGAGUCUUCUAAAAUUUUCAAAAUUGUCAACAGUCAAAAUUCAUGGCUAGUAUGAUUUUUUCAAAAUGGUUAUCAAAAAACUUCUAUUAUUCAGUUUUUUCAAACGGAACGACCCUAUUUUCUUAACAUAAAUCAAAAGAACAUCGAUAUUUAUGGUGACUUUUAUCAAUACGUGUUAUAUAUAUCUCUUACAGUUUUCGAAAAAAAAUUACAAAAACCAGAUUUUACUACGUAAUUUUCAUAGUUAAUCUAGUAGACCUUGCAAAAUGAACAACAAUUGUCAAACAACAAUAUUUUUUUAAUUUUUAGCUGGUUCAUUAUCAAAUAAGCAGUAAAACAAUAAUACUUAAUUAUGGUUCAUUAUAACUUAGUCAUUUAUGUAAAGUAGUCUUACAUCGAAUUUUGAACUUCUUGAAUGAAAAUAGUGAACAAAUUAAACAUUUUUUUUAAUUAAUAGCACGAUUUUUAGUAUUCUUUGAAAGUGUACUUAAUUAAAAAUGAAAAUAAUGAGUUAAAAUGAAGUUUUUUGCGAUUAUUUCAAAAAACUGUAAGUGAUAGAUAUAGAAAACAGUAAAAACAGGUUAAUUCUAUUUGAAAAAAAAGUUUUAUAAUUAUUUUUUAAUCAUUAUUUUCAAAAAAUUAUAGUAGCCUUGCAAUUUAACAGAUGACAAUCUUAAAGAUUUGAGAAGAUCUUUCAAACAUUUGGCUGUCAAAUGUAGAAAGAAUUAUUCAGUUAUUGUAAAGGGUUCACUAGUUGUAAUAUUUUAAAUGCAAAUGAAAAUUUGUUUAAAAAACUAGGAUAAAUGUUACUCAGUUUUAAAAGAUAAACUUAAAAAUGCAAUAAAAACAGGUGGUUAUUAUUUAAAAUUUUGAAUCUGGCCCCAAUUUUUGUAGUUUCGAAAAUUCAGCCACUUUGAAAAUAAUUUAGUUAAAGUGAAAAUGAUCAAUUUAGAUUGUAUGUAAAAUCUUAAAACUUUAGCUGUAUAAGAAGUUAAAAAGUUUCUAAUGCAGGCUUUAAAAGAACCAACCUGUAUAAGAAAAGUAAAAUUGUACAGUUUGAUAUUUUUUAUAAUUAAAUACGUAUUUAAUUA